CAAUUACCAUUAAAUGAGUUCCAAUGAAACUGAAACUCAACUGCUUUCUCUCUUUUUGUUCUUAUAAUUUUUAUUAGAAAAAAAUGUCUUCUACUGAUGUCGAAGUAGUCACCUUUCCGUUUCAUGAUCAUCCUUUAUCAUGUUGUGAUGAUCCUGUUGCUGCUGAAUUUUACUGCUCAUUGUGCUCUCAUUAUCAUUCCCUCAGUUGGCAAGUAUUCAGGUCCGGCGUAUGGCAGAAUGAAGUGGAGCCAUGGUUUAGGACAUCUGAAUACCACGGACCGGCCCUGCGAAUAUCCAAUAACAUCAACUAUCAUUGCAAGGAGUGCGACAUUAUGAUGCACAAAGACUGCGUUGACCGCUUAUUCAAUCAGCCAUUUAUAUGCAAUCACAUUCUCAAGAUCUUUGUUAGCACUAUCUCACCACUUGACAGUAUAGUUGACGACCUUUGUCAUUUUUGUCGAUUUGAGGUUCAUCAUAUGUUUCUUCGUUGCACGAUAUGCAACAUAAGCCUGCAUAUAGGAUGUGUGGCGGAGCCACCACCACUCACAAUUUCUGAACCAAAACACCACAAGCAUAGCCUCAGUCUCCUGCUAAGGCUAGUCACCUUUACUUGUAAUGCUUGUGGUGUGGAAGGCGACCGCAAUCCUUACGUAUGUCUUGAAUGCAAUCUGAUGGUCCACAAAGAUUGUGUUGAGAAUCUACCGCGAGUCAUAAGCAUAAAUCGGCAUGACCAUCGCAUAUCUCAUACUUUUCAUCUUGGUGAAAAAGAAGGAGAUUGGGAGUGUGGAGUUUGUCGAAAGAUGAUUAAUUGGGUCUAUGGAGGCUAUAAAUGCUCUCGUUGUCCUAGUUAUGCCGUUCAUUCAAAAUGUGCAACAAAAAAAGAAGUGUGGGAUGGGUUAGAGCUCGAAGAUGUGCCCGAAGAAGAAGAAGAAAUCAAAGAUCCAUUCAAGGUAAUUAAUGAAAAGGGAGAUAUUGUUCAUUUUAGUCAUGAAAAGCAUAUUCUCAGAUUGGAUGAGAAUUAUGUUACGGAUGAUGCUAACAUGCGCUGUCGGUGUUGCAUUCUUGCUAUCAAUGGUGAUCCAUGCUACAAAUGCAUGGAAUGUGAUUUCAUCCUUCAUAAAGCGUGUGCUAAUCUUCCUCGGAAGAGGCGACAUUUAUUGCACAACCAUAAACUCACUCUUUCAUCUAGGCGUAUUGAUGAAGAUAAUUUUCUUGAGUGUAGUGCUUGUCGAAUCUAUACAGAUGGUUUCAUAUACGAGUGUCUUCAUGAAGAUUGCGAAAAUAAGAACGCCUAUGAUGUUCGAUGUAGUUCGGUAUCGGAACCGUUUCACCAUGAUUUACAUCAACAUCCCUUAUAUUUUACCUUGCAAAGUUCUAGACGAUGUCAAGCUUGUAACAAAGAAAUAAAAGAUGAUCCCUUAAAUUGUACGGUCUGUGAUGAAUACUCUUUAUGCAUGAGGUGCGCUACUUUACCAAGAAAGGUAAAACACAGGUGUGAUGAUCAUUUUCUGUCACUAUGUCAAGGUGUGGGAAACGCAAGUGGUGACUUGUGGUGUGAUAUUUGUGAGACGAAGACAGAUCCGAGCGUACGUUACUAUACUUGUGAUGAGUGUGGGCUAAGUCUCCAUAUUGAUUGUGUACUUGGAGAUUUAUAUUAUAUGAAGCUAGGACACCAAAACCCUGAGAUGGAGAUACAUCCUAACAAUGGUGCUACUCGACCUUCUUGCGCCCGUUGUGGAUUUCGUUGCAAGUUCCCCUUCUUCGUUAGGGGUACAAAAGAACAAUCUGCUCUUUAUGUUUGUUCAAUAGACUUAUGCCCAAGGUAGGACUAGUUAUAACUAUUCACAUUUAUGUUUGACAUUCUUUGUCUAUAUUGUAAAACAGUGUG